UGGAGGCCACCACUAUGGGGACUCCGUCAUUCCCGGGAAACCGUCUGGUUGCCUAUAUCCAGUCUUUGGCCAAAAACAAAAAAGAAUUGCCAUACGGACUUCCUGUUUGCGUGGCCCCUUCCCACACCAUCACCAACACAGAGGGUCUUCUCCGUCUCGCGUCUUUACUUGGCCCCUACAUCGCAAUUCUGCAGGUUCAUGCAGAUAUCAUCGAUGAUUGGUCUGAGGACACUAUCCGCCAGUUGACCUCUCUGGCUAAGCGACAUGCUUUCCUGAUCUGGGAGAGUGGUCGCAUCCUUAAUGCCACUAUCGAUGUUGUUGGCCGACAAAAGGUCGAGUCUCGAGAGGUGAGGAACGAGUUGGUCGACCUGAUCCGCAAAAAAUACACCAAGGGGGUUGUGAAACCUGCCUCGUGGGCAGGUAUUUCUACCGCUUGGGCCUCUGGAGUAGCGGUCAAUAACCAAGAAGCCGACAUCUUGAUUCCAACUCUGAAGGCUGCUGCUCGAGAAGCCGUCGCGGACGCUGUGCAGACCAUCAGAACAGAAAUUACUGCGGACCACCCCCCCAGUAAUAACCCGUUCAGCAGUUACGGGUCGCCAACAAAGGACGCGAAUGAGGAUACAACUUCUCAACAUCUGACAUUCGACUAUGCCAUAGAAGAGAACAACAGCUUAGGUCUCCCUCCCCGGAAGGCCUCUACUAUCUCUCUCACACAAACUAUAUCCCAGCACACCGAGGACUCGGGCGAGUCCAUGAUGGAACCUGAAACUUACGAACCCAGGGAUUAUUGGGGUUACGCAGUUGCCACGCCUCCUGCUAUUGACACUGACCUACCCCCUCCUCCUCUUCUCGCACGUGGUCUUGUACUUUGUCUUCCGUCUGUGACCGACACGUCCUUCACGGCUGAAUACCGAAAGAGCUGCAUCGCAGCCGCAUGUGCGAACCAAGAUUUUGUGUUAGGUUUCUUAUGCGGUGAACCGUGGCAUCUCGUCUCCCAACGCGAUGAUAUCUUCGACCCGGAGUCCCUAAAGCAGAGCCCCGAACAGCAACAAGUCAGCCCCUACUCAUCUGAUGAAGACGAGGCACCAGCAUGUCUUGCCUUAUUUUCUAUAAUAUCCCACCGACUCAAUUUGAUAAACGAACAGCAACUGAGUGAUCAUGGAAACGAAAUCAGACCCUCUGCUCCUGAACCAGUAACUCAUUUGGACUAUCUCAAUCCUCUUGCCUCCAAACUAUAUUCCAUCAUUGGGCAAGCCAUCAAAUUCCGCGAAGCUUUUGGUCGUACUAGAGAUAUACCGCCACAGUUAGGAACGAAAUCCAGUAGUCGCCAACCUAAACCUGACAUUAUUCAUAUCCCUGUUGUGUCAAUACCUUGAAAUUAGUCAUACUUCUCUCUUUCUCUCUCUUGAUUUCUGGUUUCAUGUUUGAGAUUUUAUCUCCCACUCUUUUAUUUAUCCUUAUUUCCCCAAUGAUAUCAGUCCGACUUUCGAUUUUCUUGGAGUUAGGGUGAGAGGAGUCCUGUGUGUUUCGAUUUUUCGUCAUCUUAGACAGCCUAGUCCGAGUUAUUCAUGUCGGCCUAGAAAAUGUUCCGUGACUUUGCUCAUUAUAAGAUUCUGUCAUCUGAAUCUUAAUAUUCAGAAUCAGGAGGCAUGUUAAUGAGAAGAGGUACAAACACUACCUAAUUUUUGUCAUUUUUGUAACUAAUUUUUGUACCUAUAGAAGUGGAGCAGAGCAGAGCAGAGCAGAAAUCCUUCUGGAAGUCCAUGUAUA